AACAGAUCAUAUUCCUCCUUUUUCCCACAAAUCUCGAGUCGCCCUUCGCUGCUCCGCCCGGUUUCCUUUUUUCCUCCCUCUCCCGCACCUUCUUCGAGGGUUCCUCCGUUCUCCUUCGCUUGCCUUCGCAAUGGCGAUCGCCGCCGCGAAGCGGUACUGGCUUCCCCUGGUCUUGUUCGCCCUCGGCUUCUUCUUCCAGCUCGUCGUCCUCCCUCGCUCCUUCCCCCCCUCUCACUACGACGUGCUCGGCUUGAAGAGGAAUGCGUCGAUCGAGGAAGUCGGCGUUGCGUAUGACGAGCUAUCGUCCAAAUUGUUCUCGGAAUCGGACCCUCCAGUCACGACCGAACUCGUUAAGAUUCGUUAUGCAUUUGAGCUUUUGACAAAUCCCUUAGGGAAGAGAGAUUAUGACCUUUUUGGCAUUGAUGAACAGCUGCAUGUCAUUAAUAAAGUUGUGAAUCAAUAUGGUGGAGAGACCUUCUCAAAGAUAGACCUUCCGCUGAUUAAUGCAUCUUUACUGGGUUUGUUCAGUGAUGCACCUAAUAAGUUGACACCUGAGGAGGUCAUUUCUGUAAUUGGGAAAUCAGAGCCAUUGCUCAUACAAGUUUAUUCUCUUGGGAGUCCUCGUUGUGCGCAAUUCAUCGGCGCUUGGAAGAUGAUAGGAAGUUUAUUGGAAGGUGUUGCACAGACUGGCAUGGUGGAACUUGGUGAUGUUCAACUGGCAUCUUACCUUGCAGAGACAAUGUUCACCAAGCAGCCAUAUUUUCGGAAAGGUCUGCCUGCCCUUGUUGCUUUUCCUCCUAAUUGUUCAAAUGCUAAUUGCUAUGUGAGGUAUGAUGGGCAGUUCUCAGUUGAUGCAAUUGUUGACUGGAUGGCAACAGACAUUAUUGGUCUACCUCGCAUUCUUUACCAUUCAAAAGAAUCUUUGGCGAAGUUCAUUGUAACAAGUGGUCGACAUAAGGUCAAAGUCAUUUGCUUCUCAAAAACUGGGGAACGUGCCGCUCCAUUCAUACGCAAGGCUGCCAAAGAUUAUCAGGCGGAAGCAUCUUUUGCAUUUGUUUUGUGGAAAGAACCGGAGUUCUCCCUUUGGUGGAACAUGUUUGGUGUGGAAUCAGCACCUGCUUUUGUAUUUCUGAAGGAUACAUAUUCAAAACCAUUCGUCUACCAUGGAGCUCUGGAAAGUUCACAGUUUCAGAAGAUAAUGGAAGAUUAUAAGCAAAAUGAACUUCCUCAACUAAGGAGUGUAACAUCUAUGGAGCUAGGUUGUGAUGCAAGAGGUUUUUCUCGUGCUGGGAAUGACACUUUAACCUGGUAUUGCCUCGUUCUUGUUGGACGUGCAGGCCGCACAAUGGCUCAGAUGCGUGAGACCAUGUACAGGGUCCGAGAUAUGCUAAUGACUGGUGAUGAUUCAGAUUAUGCCAGAAAGGUCAACGCUUCAGUUCCUAUGGUAGCUGCUACUGCCGUGAAAGAGAAUCGUUUAACAUUUACAUGGCUUGACGGAGAUGUUCAGCUGAAAUAUUGUCAGUUUUUCCUCGAUUCAGAAUUCUACAAAAGUUGUGGCCCCCGAAGGUAUGAAAAUGAUAUUGAUGUGCCUCAAAUAUUCAUUGUACGUUAUUUAAGAAACUCAUCAGAGGACAAUGUGGAGGCCGAUAAGUGGAAACAUUUACGGGACCAGUAUAUGGGAAAAGACGCUAAUGCUGCCUCCCAGCUUAUUGCUAGAUAUACUGGUUCUGAUGAUGUCAAAGAGAUAAUUCAAUGGAUAUCACAUAUUAUAGAGCGUGGUGACACUAGAGAAUACCCAUAUUUUACAUUUACAAGUCCAGAGCUUGUCGCUGAGGAUUCAGUUACAAUCUGGUCGAAAUCACAAGGCAUUCUACCUUCUAGGGAGAGUAUAAAACGCAAAUUAAAAAAACUUUAUUUCUAUAUCAGUGAUUUGGUGACAGAUCCGAGGAUAGGCCCAAGCUUUCUCUUGGGUGCAUGCUUAUCUUUUGCAACCAUUUGGCUGCAAAAGAAUCGGACAAUUCAGUCUGCUACACCAGGUGAUGAUACAACCGACAGUGCAAGAAGGCGCAGCAAUAGAAAGGGGAGGGCAAGAAGCUCAACUCAUGGUGAGCCUUCCUCCAUCACCGAUGAAGAACCCAAGGAUGCCCAUCAGCUGCUAUCAUCAGGUUCCGACUCGGAGUAGCCUUGUAAUUUAUAUUGGAGUGGAGGAGCACGCGGGUAUUUGAAAUUAUCGUGCAAUGGCACAUCACUUUUGAAUAUCUUUAUCGUCAGACUGGAAAGAAGAAAAAGAGAGAAGAGAAGAUUAAAGGUUA